CGGCCCCGCGCUCAGAGCGGUCCCGGCGCGGCGAGAUGCGGGCGGGUACGCGAACAGCGCUGCUACUGCUGCUGCUGCUGUGGGGCUGGAAGCGCCCCCGGACAGCGCGGGCCCAGCUCCCGGCCGUGGACGCAGGCAAUGGGACGGGUUGUGUCGUUUCUUCAUCAGAGUUUCCUGAAGGAUUUUUUACACCGCAGGAGCGAAAGGAUGGAGGAAUCGUUAUCUACUUCCUAAUUAUACUUUACAUGUUUUUGGCUGUGUCCAUCGUGUGUGAUGAGUACUUCCUACCUUCUCUAGAGAUCCUCAGUGAAUGCCUUGGCCUUUCUCAAGAUGUUGCUGGAGCAACUUUUAUGGCUGCUGGAAGCUCUGCUCCAGAGCUUGUCACUUCUUUUCUAGGUAAGCAACAUAAGGUGACUCCUCCUCAGAAUCUAGAACUCUUUUCCUUGUAUGCCAAACUGAAACAUACCAGAGUCAUUUCCCAUAUAGGAGUCUUCGUGACCAAGGGAGACAUCGGCAUCAGCACCAUCCUCGGAUCAGCAAACUAUAAUCUUCUUGGUAUUUCUGCAGCUUGUGGGCUGUUUUCCAGCGUGGUGUCAAAGCUAUCCUGUUGGCCGCUGUUUAGAGACUGCCUGGCAUAUACAGUUAGUGUGGCAGCAGUCCUUGCGAUGAUAUCCGACAACAGAAUUUACUGGUAUGAAAGUGCAUCCUUAUUAUUGAUAUACGGGUGUUAUAUUCUCAUACUAUGUUUUGACAUUAAAAUCAACCAAUACCUCAUGAAAAGGUUCAGUCCCUGCUGUGUGUGUUUUACAAAAGCUAUGGAAGAGAAUGCUGAGCAGCAGCCACUGGUUGGGUGGAGGGAAGAGAGUGGACCUCUAAUCCGACAACAGUCAAGAACAGAUAGUGGCAUUUUUCAAGAUGAGCUGGACUACUCUCAGCUUUCAACCAGCUUGCAUGGGCUUGAUGAAAUCUCUGAAGAUCAUCUAAGUGUCUUCACCAUGCCUGAAGCAGAUAUGAAGAGAAUUGUGUGGGUGUUAUCCCUUCCUAUUAUUACACUACUCUAUUUGACUAUACCAGAUUGCAGAAGACAGUUUUGGAGGAACUGGUUCAUGGUGACAUUUUUAAUGUCAGCAGCAUGGAUUUCUGCCAUAACUUACAUCCUAGUAUGGAUGAUAACAAUAGCAGGUGAAACACUGGGAAUUCCAGAGUCAGUAACGGGUCUCACAUUACUGGCAGCAGGAACAAGUGUACCAGAUACAGUUGCAAGCGUGCUGGUGGCUAGAAAAGGAAAUGGAGAUAUGGCUAUGUCUAACAUUGUAGGAUCCAAUGUAUUUGAUAUGCUCUGUUUGGGAAUACCCUGGUUUAUAAGAACUGCCUUCAUAAAUACAUCAGGACCCGUAGAAGUAAACAGCAGUGGUUUGACAUAUACAGCCAUUUCUCUUAUCUGUUCUGUUGUUUUUAUUUUUCUGGCAGUUCACCUGAAUGGGUGGAAAAUAGAUAAAAAACUGGGAGCAAUUUGUCUUGCACUGUACUUAGUAUUUACUGUAUUAUCAAUUUUAUAUGAACUUGGUAUCAUAGGGAACAAUCCUACAAGAGUCUGUGGGAACUAGUUUUAAUCAGAUAUUAUACUGAUAAAAAAAAAAGAAAAAAGAUAAAGACCAGUUUCUUCAUCUAGUUAAAAUAAUAAUAAAAAAAAAUUCAAACUCCCAUUGGGCUCUAACUCUUAUUUACAGAACUAAGUCAUGUCAUUAAAGUAAUAUUAAGUAGAACAAAAACAUUACAGCCUAAUUGGAGCCCUUUCUUUUAGAGACAAGAAUUACAGUAUGAGGACAAUGC